AUGAAUGAAAAAGAUAAGGGAAUGAAAAAAUUCCCAGUGCCACUGGAGGUCUCACAAUGGUUGGAGGUGCCACAGGGCCUCUCUCUGGGACUGAGAAUAGCCACAGGGCUUGUCCUGGUGGACUGGAGUAGCCGCAGGGCUUGUGCAGGUGUUGCAGCAGCCCCUGGGCUGCCAGAGGCCGCAGCGAUGGCACACAAGAACGUGAGCUAUUACCUAGGGCAGUACAAGGACAGGCUCCUGCCCCUGCUCAGGGGAGGGCUGGGGAGGCCACACUGCCAGAGGGGUUCUGAGGAAAUGUGUGGCAGGGAGCUCCAGGCAACAGAGGAGGACUCCACAAACUCAUUUAUCUGUGUCCUGAAGAAGAUGAAAGAAAUGCGACUGAUGGAGAAGGUUGUGGAAGAGACAGAGGAGGCCUUCGAAGAGAGGAUGGAGGCCAUUGCUGAGCAGUGGAGGGACCUGCAUGCCAGGAGGGCCCAGCUGAAAGCCCACGUGGUGACAUCUGGGACAACUGUAAAGGAGAAUGAAAGGCUGCGAACCCAAGCUCUGAAUAAAGCCAAAGAAGAGAAAGAGGAGAAUACAAAAAAGGAGAGUGAGCUCUUGAGGGCUAGAAACGAACUGGAAGCCCUCAGAAAACAGCACCAGAAACUCUCCAAAAAAUUGCUGAAGUAUUCCCCAUUCAAGAGGUACCUGGAGAAUGUGGUGGAAAAUUCACAGGUGAGCUUGGAUGUGGCUCAGGGAGAGCCUUACCUAGCUUUGAACCAGAGGGACCCUGUGCUGCAGUUCCGGGACAUCGAGGACAUCAUUUCCUACUACAAGGCCCUGGUGAGGACACGCAAGGACCUGCUGCAGUCCCAGUGGUGGCACCGGCAGCUGAUGGAGCAGAGCAAGGUCCUGCAGCAGCAAAUCAAGGCAGAGAAGGAAGCUGAGAUGCUUCAGUGCAAGAAGGAUCUGGUGCAACUCAAAGAAUCUUUUGACCAGGCUCAAAGCGACAUCUGCCAGUGGGUAAGGAGCUGUGAGGUGGGUGGGGGAGCUCUCCAAGGCCUGCCAGAGUCAGGAGUGGCUGCUGGCUCCUCCUGCAGCCAGGGGCUCAUGGCAGGGCCCAGCAGCAGAGUUUGUGCUGGGAUGAGAUGCCUGAUCCCAUCCCUCCAGGAGCAGGGAGGGAGAGCCCAUGUGUGGAGCAGGUUUGUCAUGAGGAAGAGCUGGAAGCAGCAGCAGGUCUGGGAGGUGACAGUGGCAGUGCUGCUGCACGGGAUCUGUCCCUGCUGUGGGGAGGGCACAGUCCUGGCAGGGAAGACAUGCCAGGGUGAGCACUGCAGGAGUUGCAGAUUGCCUGGGCUGGCUCCUGGAUCUGCUCCCACCACACUAGGCUGCAGCUUUGCUGGGACAUGUCUCGUAUCCCCCCAGGAGGACCGCUGGGCUGAGGUCCAGGACAGUGCUGCCAGGAAGGGCACAGAGCUGAAGUCCCUCAACAUGGCCAUCCAGAACCUCUUCCAGGCCGCCAGCACUCGGCUCCAGCCAAAGGACAAGGUGGCAGCAGCGGACAGCCACAGGCAGCUGGACAUGGUACAGCCAGGGCAGAGCCUGCUCCCUGCCCGGGAAAAGCAGCAGGAAUGGCUGUCCCAAGGCGAGGGGGAGCCCCCAGGCCCAACACACCCCUCAUUCUCCCCUGGGGUCCCUAGGCUCAGGGAGUGGUGGGGACACCAGGCAAAGUUAUCCCUUCCCAGCAGGUGGAGCUGGGAGUGGGGCCCUACGGGGUCAGAAGGAGCCAGGCAGGGGUGCAGGGGAGCAGGGGUGUAGGGGAGCAAGGAUGCAGGGGUGCAGGGGAGCA